AUGGCUAAUGACAAAGAAGUUGAAACUUCUUCCAAGGAUGGAAACAAGUCUGAAGUUUCCAACCCUUUUUUCAUUCAUCACUCUGACCAUCCUGGCAUGGUUCUUGUAUCCAAACCGUUGAAUGGAGACAACUAUGGGACAUGGUGUCAUUCCAUGCGAAUCUCCUUGAGUGCCAAGAACAAACUUGGUUUUGUUGAUGGCACUGUCAAGAAGCCUUCAAAGACAACCGAUCCUGAUGAGUUCUCUCUUUGGCAACGUUGCAAUGAUAUGAUCCUAUCUUGGAUCUUGAAUUCCCUUGAUCAAGACAUAGCUGAUAGCGUUAUCUACUUUGACACUGCUCACGAUAUAUGGGAAGAUUUGAAGGAGCGUUUCUCUCAAAGCAACGUUCCUCGAAUUUUCCAGAUCCAACGUGACAUUGCUUCCCUUACUCAAGACCAAAUGUCGGUUGCUGCUUAUUACACAAGACUUAAGGGGCUAUGGGAUGAGUUGGCAUCAUACAGUGAUGUGCCGACUUGUACCUGUGGUGCCAUGAAAGAUCACGCUGAACGUGAUGAGAGGAAUAGGGUGAUGCAAUUUCUCAUGGGUCUGAAUGAUUCAUAUGCUGCUGCUCGUGGACAGAUUCUUCUUAUGCAGCCCCUACCAUCCAUACGCAACAUCUAUUCCUUAAUUUCCCAAGAGGAGAAGCAACGACAACUGGGGACUCCUCAUACUACCUUGGAACCUGCUGCAAUGGCUGUUCGCCAACACCAGGGACCUUCGAAUUCUAAUCGCAAGCCUCUUCAUUGCACUCACUGCGAUCGAGACCAUCACACAAUUGAUACCUGUUAUAAACUUCAUGGUUAUCCUCCCGGGCAUCGACUGCACAAAUCCAAUCAAAACAAGAAAGGCUCAAGUUCCUCUGCCAAUCACGUGCAGAACAAUCCCACUAUGCAAGAAUUGAAGUCUGCCAUGCCCAAUCUAUCUGACAGUGAGUAUGAACAGAUUCUUACCAUGAUGAAUGAUAAGCAAGAGCCACAAGCAAACUCUGCAGGUUUGUCAUAUUAUCCUUUACCUUUACACCGCUGGCUGAUUGAUAGUGGCGCAACAGAUCAUAUUACAUCCACCUCACAUUCUUUUACGUCCACAAAUAACAACCCUUCCAUUCCACCAGUUGUAUUGCCUAGCGGUGAAAAGGCUUCUAUUAUUUCUGUUGGGAAUGCUUCUCUCAACUCAUCUCUUUCUUUAAACAAUGUCUUGUAUGUGCCUAGCUUCAAAGACUUGGCUACGAGGAAGACGAUUGGUCUGGGUAAACAGCAAGGAGGUCUUUACUACCUGGUUUCUUUGGCGUCAGACAAGCCUUCCCUUCUCCCACCAUCUUGCAACCAUGCUCAUGCCUCAACUCACCUCUGGCACAGCCGUUUAGGCCAUCCAUCAUCUUCUCGUUUACAAUUUUUAGCUAAGAAUGUUUUAAAUUUCCCUUUUUCAAAUAAUGCUUGCGAGAACCUGCUUAAAUCAUUUUUUGCCUUUGUCCAAACACAAUUCAAUACUCAAGUACAACAAAUACGCGUUGAUAAUGGAGGUGAAUUUUCUUCCAUGCGUCGCUUCUUUCACGAACAUGGGGUCAUCUAUCAACAUACUUGCGUCUAUACACCACAACAAAAUGGUGUUGUAGAGCGCAAGCACCGACAUAUCAUAGAGAUGGCUAGGGCUUUACGUUUUCAGGCACAUCUCCCUAUUUCUUUUUGGGGAGAGUGUGUUCUCACCGCCAUUUACUUGAUCAAUCGUCUUCCCACUGCCCUUUUAUCCAAGAUAUCCCCAUAUGAGAAGCUGUACAAUAAACCUCCUUCUUAUAACCACCUCCGCAUUUUUGGUUGUUUAGCCUAUGCCACCAUUGUCCAACCUUCCCAUAAAUUUGAUCCUAGAGCCAAACGAUGUGUUUUUCUUGGUUACCCUCUCGGUCAAAAGGCCUACAAAUUAUUUGAUCUUACCACCAAAAAAAAUUUUACCAGUCGCGAUGUAGUUUUUCAUGAGAGUCACUUUCCUUUCCAAACUCUCCCUUCUUCCUCUCCCACGGAACCUUCACCUCCUGUUUUACCUCUUCCUUUAUCUGAUUUGUCAUCUCCUCCAUGUCUAUCUCCUGCCUUACCCUCACCACGUCCUCCAUCUCCUUCUACCCCACCCGAUCUCACAGCUUCUUUCGACACCGCUGCCCCCAUUUUUCCUUCCCACACCACUGCCGUACCGGCUCCGUCACAGCCUUCCUCUCCUUCUGUACCACCAUCCCCCAUCCGCUACUCUCUUCGCCACAAGGUUAAACCAGCCCAUCUCCACGAUUAUGUUUGCUCACAGGUUACUUUACCUACGCUUGACCAAUCGUCGGACUCCUUGCCAUGUCGCACCAAAGGUACUCGUUAUCCCCUUUCUAAUUUUCUUUCUUAUCACCGUUACUCACCAUCACACUUUGCUUUCAUUGCUAAUAUUAGUCGGCCAGUGGAACCUAACACUUUUGCAGAGGCUGUUUCUAAUCCACAUUGGCAAGAGGCCAUGCAAUCUGAACUUGCAGCUUUGGAAUCCAAUCAGACUUGGUCCCUCACUUCUCUUCCACCUGGGAAGCAACCCAUUGGAUGUAAAUGGGUCUAUAAAAUCAAGCAUCGUUCCGAUGGCACCAUUGAGCGCUAUAAGGCUCGUCUCGUGGCCAAAGGAUACACUCAAACUGAAGGUCUUGACUACCAUGACACAUUUUCUCCUACUGCCAAAAUGGUUUCUGUUCGGUGUGUUCUUGCUCUUGCCGCUGCCCACAACUGGUCUUUGCAUCAACUUGACGUCCACAAUGCAUUCCUUCAUGGCGAUUUACAUGAGGAAAUCUAUAUGUCACCUCCUCCUGGUCUUCGGCGACAGGGGGAGCAUUUGGUAUGUCGCCUUCACAAAUCCUUGUACGGAUUGAAGCAAGCAUCUCGCCAAUGGUUUUCUAAGUUCACUGAAGCCAUACAAGCUGCUGGUUUCACUCAGUCCAAAGCCGAUUAUUCGCUUUUUACCUACAAAAAUGGCAAGUCCUUCACCGCUCUUUUGAUCUACGUUGAUGACAUCUUGAUUACAGGAAAUAAUUUGGCUGCCAUUGAUGCUCUCAAGCGAUUUCUUAAUACUCGUUUUAAGAUCAAAGACCUUGGUGAUCUUAAAUAUUUUUUGGGCAUUGAGGUCUCACGUUCCAGGAAAGGUAUUUCUAUUUGUCAAAGGAAAUAUGCACUGGAUAUUAUUAAAGAUGGAGGAGCUUUGGGAGCACAUCCAGUAAGCUUUCCCAUGGAACAAAAUUCCAAAAUUUCUUCUGAUAUAGGUGAGAUACUUCAUGAUCCAGCAAAGCAUAGACGAUUGGUGGGACGUCUGAUUUAUCUCACCAUAACAAGACCUGAUAUUACCUAUUCAGUACAUAUACUCAGUAGAUUCAUGCAUGAGCCUCGCAAGCCACACUUAGAUGCCGCCAUGAGAGUAUUGAGGUAUCUGAAAAGUACACCAGGACAAGGACUCUUCUUUCCUGCUGGAAAUGAGAUGAAGUUGACGGCAUACUGUGAUUCAGAUUGGGCGGGAUGUCCAACCACACGAAGGUCAACAAGUGGCUAUUGUGUGUUUCUUGGAAAUUCUUUAAUCUCAUGGAGAACAAAGAGACAAAAAACAGUAUCUCUUUCUUCAGCAGAGGCUGAAUAUCGUGCAAUGACAGGUGCUUGCUGUGAAAUUACUUGGUUGCGUUAUCUAUUGCAAGACCUACAACUCCCAGACCCAGGACCAGCUACUUUACACUGUGAUAACCAAGCUGCGCUGCACAUAUCUGCCAAUCCAGUGUUCCAUGACAGAACUAGACACAUUGAAAUCGACUGUCAUUUUAUCAGGGAUAAAAUUCUGGACAGAACAGUGGUUACAAGAUAUAUUUCAUCUCAACAACAAGUAGCAGAAGUGUUUACGAAGGCCUUGGGAAAAGAAGAUUUUUCGGCUAUGCUCAUGUUUGAAUUUGAUGGGAAACUGAAUCCUACUUUUGUGGAAGGGGCAUUUAAGCUCCCAUUAUCAAGCAUACGAGCAUAUCUAAAAGAGCCUAUUACUCCCAGGUUCGAACAUGUAGGUUCUGCAGGAAUUACCCGACCUGACAUGCCUGGACUUGAUCUGAGUAAACAACCUCCUGCUGUUCGCUUAAACAAGGAAUUGGAUUUUAUCCUAACAUUCAAGUUGAAGGGGGAGGAUUUAAUAUGGGAAAGUGGAAUACCAUAUACAGUUGUGAGGCCUUGUGCAUUACCUGAGGAGCCUGCCGGAGCAGAUCUCAUUUUUAACCAAGGAGACAAUAUAACGGGUAAGAUAUCAAGAGAGGAGGUUGCUUAG